AUGGGUCGUCGGAAAAUCAAGAUGGAGAUGGUGCAGGACGCAGCGUCGAGGUUGGUGACGUUCUCAAAGCGCCGGAACGGGCUCUUCAAGAAAGCGAACGAGCUAGCAAUCCUGUGCGGCGCCGAGCUCGCCAUUGUGGUGUUCUCGCCGGGCGGCAAACCUUUCUCCUUCGGCCAUCCGUCCGUCGACGUGGUGACUCAGAGGUUUCUCCGGCACCUCCAAGACGAGGACGAGGACAAAGACAAAGACGAGGAGGAGGCGAAAUGGCCGAAACUGAACAAGCGGCUAAUGAAUCUGACGAGGCAGCUGGAGGAAGAGAAGAAAAAGGGCGCGAGGCUGGACAAGGCGAUAGAGGAGAAGAUGGCCAAGUACGGGCUGGGACCUGAGAGCGGUCCCGAUGAUCUGAGCAAGCUGGAGGGGUUCAAGCGGUCGCUGGAGAAACUCAGGGAAGACGUGAAGCUGCGGAAGAGAGAAAUGGAGGCUGCGUCGUCUUUGCUGGUACUUGCAGAGAAAUUACAGUUGAACGAAGAAAAUAAUGUUGCUGAAAGUGAUCAUGAUGAUGAUGGGGCCAGUGCUUCGGAUGGCGGCGAGAUCAAAAAUGGAAACUAA